UUUUCCUAAAUAACCGUCAUAUGAGCCGGUGGCUCCCGGGCUGUCCCGUCUUACCAUUCGGUAUAUAUUAACUUGCCUGACGAUGGUCGACACGACAAAAGAUUCUUCUGAGGAGCAAGAUAUGAAGUGUAAAUUGCUUGAUGAAUUCAGGUGUUUUACCUUCUCACAAGCGUACUACGGAGCAUUUUCUAUUUUGAGAAAAGGAAUUAAAAACGGAAGCUUAAAUACUAGUAAAGGGACGUGCCAUCACAAUACUCUUUGUGACAUACUUAAUCUACCACAACUUCCCUCGCCAGCCCGCAUCAUGGAGUUCGGCGGUGGUACAGGAACGCAGUUGGAGACCAUUUGCAGAAGAAUGGAAGCCUUUCAAAAACAAGCCAUCGUCAGCGUUGAAGAACCAUACGAAGAAUAUCUUAAACAGUACGUCACAACCAUCGAAAGCUUGAGCAACGCGUGUCUGGACAUUGUCUACUCUGGACCUAUUCAGGAUUACUAUGGGCGUUCUGUAGAAGACCUGAGAGCCAUGAAAGCGUAUCCAGAACGGUUGCAGGACAGAGUGCUGGCAUUGCACGUUCUGUAUCAUGCAAUUAACAUUUUCGAUCAAGACAUGGACCCACAGAAGAACCUCAAACAAGCUGCCUCUGCAAUGUACACCAUCCUCAAACCAGGAGGAGAGAUGGUUAUUCAUAUGGCUGGCCAUGACGAGGUUUUAAUAGGGGCCGUCUCGUUGAAGUGUUUAGAGAGCCUGUUCCCAAAUACGAAAGAGAAUUUUAAGAUUAAGUACGAAGUCUUCCGAAAGCAAUUAUUCGAAGGUGGUUUCGUCGAAGUACUGAAUACGUCGUUUCCAAUGUUCACGGCCAAGAUGCACUGUGAAGAAGUUACAUAUCUCAAUGUCCUCUCAACCAUAGAGGAAGUUGGGGCCUCUGCAUCUGUACCUUGUCUACACGGGCUGUGGGCCGAUCAAUCUCCGUUCGAUGUUCGCGUUUUGCAGUUCUGUAUAGAUUACGCGAAGAGUGAAGGCUACAAACACGGUCUUUACCGCGACAGUAAAGGAAUGUGGUGUUUUCCAAUAAAAGAAUAUUAUAUAACGAUAAAAAAAGUUGAAAGGGAAUAAUUUGCUAAAGAUAACUUGAAUUCACAACAUUAGAUCAUAAAGUUGCGGAUAGACUUGGCGGUGGCGUUGGCGGUGACGAUGUUGGUGGCGGUAGCGGUGACGGUGUUGGUGGCGGUGGCAGUGGCAAUGGCGGUGUUGGUGGCAGUGGCGGUGACGGUGACGGUGGUGGUGGCAAUCUCUCCAGUUAAAAACAAAGAGCUUGUUUGUCAAACCAGACUAUCAUGUAUGUCCCUAUUCCACACUGACUAGGAAAUCCACGAACCGUUAGGAAUUGAUAAAUUCCAAGGCUCAUAGUGUAAUCGUAAUAAAUUAUUUUAGUUCUUAAGUGAUUCUUAUUGCUUCUCAGUAAGUUCUUGAGAGAUCAUGGAAUCGGAAAAAAGUUUUGAGCAGUUCAAAUUUUUGAUCCCGAACUCCCGAAUACAAAAAAUCUUGGUUAACUAUUGGCAUAUUCUUAAUUCUAUCUUAACGAAUUUGUAACUGAAUCCUAUAGGGGCAGGAUUUCUACCAGAAUGUACAGAAUUCCACGAUUCCUUGCCGAUUUCUAAUUUUUUUCAAUUCCUGGCAGUUCGUGGAAUUCAUAGUUGCUGUGGAAUAGGGGCCUUGUUUACAUUACUCAUAUGUAGCCUAGUUUCAAGAUAGUGCUUUCCAGUCUGGGGAAUAUCACAGAUUUACGUUAUAUCGCUUUAAAAUCACACCAAUGGGAAUACACCUGUUGGCAUUGAUAUAUCAGCUCAGCUCACAAUAAGCUCCCGGCCCGUAUGUUUCGCAAUGCUAGGCCAUAACUUUAGGUAUGCCCGGUUUUUGCUUAAGGUAUGCCCGGUUUCUGCUAAUCACCUUACAGGCAUACAAGGUGUUAUAUCUUUGUAUGACAAAAUUAUUAAUUUUUCAAGAAAUAUCAGGAACCUGUCAAUUAUUACCAGGGGAGACUCUCUCAAAGACAGUUGAGAAAAAUAGAUCAGAAAGUCGAGUUCGAUGCUUAAAUAAUUACAUUUCACUGCCAUGUGUAAAAUAUGUGAGUCUCAAUCCAUACAACGAGAUUAAAUAUGAAUACGAAUUAAAAUGUCAAACGCGACCAUGUGGAUCGCAAUUCUGAGAACAACAGGUUUCGGUUUGGUUCAGGCCUACCUUAUAUUGAAGUCUAAGGAAAAUAGUGCUAGCGUUUUCCGGAAAAUUAAAUUCUACUAUACCUGUCUAGCGUUCAUUCAGAAGGUUUUGAUUUUCGAACUUUGAACUAUCGGACGUGACACUUCCACAAUGCAUGCAAAUCCCUUAAGCCAUGUUUAUUUUCUUUCUUUAGCUGAGUCAACUUAUUAUACUAUUCUCAGGUGGACUGAGAAGGUUAUGUAGUCUGCUAUUCUUUUCAUAUUCCUUUCAAUUAUAUUCAGAGAAACAGAUACUACUAUAUUUCAGUCAAGCAUGCUUUUCCAGAUGAAUUGUGUCGCUCCUUUGGCGUUUCGUUUUAUCCUGAAAUCUCGAAAGAGGCGCCAAAUCUCCAGCAUAUGUACAAACAUUUAAUCAGUUAAAAUAUGAAAAAUAUGGACUGGACAUGUUACAAGUAUAAGUCCUAUAAAGCUUGCUUUUGUUACAAUAUUGUGUCUUUUAAUUAUUCAUUCAACUCCACAAUGGUUAUCCGAUGUCCACAAUGUACAGUUGUCCGUCAAAAGCAUAAUUCCGCUGUCCACAAUGUCGUAAAGGUGUCCGUCAAAAGCAUAAUCCCGCUGUCCACAAUGUCGUAAAGGUAUCCGCCAAAAGCAUAAUAUUCCGCUGUCCACAAUGUCGUAAAGGUGUCCGUCAAAAGCAUAAUCCCGCUGUCCACAAUGUCGUAAAGGUGUCCGUCAAAAGCAUAAUCCCGCUGUCCACAAUGUCGUAAAGGUGUCCGUCAGAAACUUAUUACGCCGUCCACAAUGUCGUAAAAGGUGUCCGUCAAAAGCUU